CACACUAAAAUUGAAUGCUUAGACAAAAGUCACCAAAACCGUAACUUUUGUAACCAUGCCUUAAACAAAGGCACCAAAAGUACGAACACAUUUUCUGCUUUGCACUUUGUUCGCAAUUCUGCAACACACUUCUUGCAAAACACAAUACACUGUUUCUUACAUUCGACUCUUCGUUCAUGAAUGAAAUCUCUUGCAAUCAUUGGGAAAACACAUCUUAACUUGGCAAAACCCACACACGCACACACACACACACACACACAUAUGAAAACACGGAGGCAGUAAGAGCAAGGGGCAGAGAAAGAGGAAGAGAAAGAGGAAGAGAGAGAUGAGUAGGAGGAGGACAAAGACAAGAACAUAGAACGGGACCAGGCAAUAGAUGGAGAUGUAUUUCCGACAAUAUUAGGGCCACUAUGGUGGACCACGUCAUAAAUCAUGAUGCGGGUUGCUGGGCAGAGAGUCCAGCCCAACCUGAGUCACUACAUGGUACCAUCCACAAUACAGAUGUUUAGACUGGAGAACAGACGCAGUUGGUUGACAUUAUGGAGGUAUUGGCCAAGGCAGCGGUGGCUGAUAUUUGCAAGCUUUUCGACGCGGAGUCCGCGGUGCUGCGGUCGGAAAUGUCUCGGAGUCAGUACGAAAACAAAGCUCUGAAAAGAAAAUUAUUGUAUAUGGAGAGAGAGUUGACGACUGAGCGAGCUCUAAACAAUUCGGGAAAGCCAAUCUUCACCGAAGCCAUCAAAGAACGAGGGGUGGAAUAUUUCCCCGCUAUAAGUGUCUUGGAGAAAGAGCCUCGUAUGAACAUGUGGAAAGAUGUUGAACCUAUUGGGCACGAAGCUGAUGUUGACAGUACCCUGCAGUCAGUCACCAGGGCCGAGUUUGCAGAAUCGAUAGAGGAGAGGCCUGAUUUCUUUCUCGUGAAAGAGGAGACAUUUGAAGAGGACUUUGGGAACAGUGACUCCCAGAGCGCAACGGAGUUUAGCAGGGAGAAGGUCGCGGAGUGUGACGCUCAAACGGGGGCGGAGGCGGAGUCUGGCUCACAUCCUGCCCUAUCAGAAGCUGAGCGGGAGCUGGAUACGUAUCCCGUAGCUGCCGGGACUGCACGCCAUGACGACCAGUAUGGCCUUUUCCUCGGUGGAGAGAGCGUCAGUAUGGCGAAGGAGGCCAAACCGUACGGGGCAGAAAACCAGUUCAUCUGCACGUUCUGUGGCAAAGGCUGCGACCAUUUUAGUCAGUUUCAGAGACACGUGCAGAUUCAUCUGGAUGAGAAACCAGGAGACCCUGAGACAGGUGCUGACCGUCACUACGGCGGUCUGACCGCAGAGGACCCCCUGGGUAAAGGGACCUUCGUCUGCGUUCACUGCGGGAAGCGCUUCGCUAAAAAGCAGUGUCUCCACGUGCAUCAGCGGAUUCACACGGGGGAGAGGCCGUACCAGUGCUCAGAGUGCGGUAGGACGUUUUCCAAGAAGUGCAACCUCAAAUUUCACCAGCGCACUCACACGGGAGAGAGGCCGUUCAGGUGCUCCAAGUGCAACCAGACCUUCUCCCAGAAGUCGAAUUUAAAAAGACACGAGGAGAAACACGUUCAGACCGCGCAGAGGGCCCUGAAGAAGAGCCGCUUCAGCUGCAGGCAUUGCGGGAAGGUGUGCGUCUCCCCGUCUCAUCUGGAGAUCCACCAGCGCACUCACACGGGGGAGAAGCCAUACCAGUGCUCUGAGUGCGGGAAGAGUUUUGCCAAGAAGUGCAACCUCAACUUCCACCUGCGCACUCACACGGGGGAGAAGCCGUUCAGGUGCUCUGUGUGCGGGAAGUGCUUCUCUCAGAAAUUCAACUUGAAACGACACGAAAGCGUCCACAUCAUUGGCAACUCGUCCCGACAGAGUUUGUUCAGUUAAGUGCAUUGUGGGUAGGAUCACAUAGGAAAAAGCCACAAGCUGUGCAGAGUGCCCUUAUACAUAGACUAUUACAGUUAUUUAUGAUGGAAUCGGAUUUCAUAUACUCGGAGUGGGAGUGAUUCUCUUGUAUUGUGUAGCUAUAUGAUGUGAAAUGUGAGAGAAAGGAACUGAGUACUCAAGAUUAAGAUAACGUUUUUUAAAAUCACUGCCUAUGCCUUGUUUUUUCCAGUACCGGGCGAGUCCUUGUGGACAAUGGGUUUCACUGACAGCAAUUAAGCUUAGUCCUAGGUUAAACUGAGUUUUCUGUGGAGAAUCUCCACUCAAAAUAGAAUUUAGUCUAGGACUUAAUCUGUGUCUGUGUAAAGUUGAGUGUUCUUUUCAUAAAACCUGGGAGUGGACUUUUAACAAACUGGAUAUUUGACAUUUAAUAUGUUGUGCUCUACUUUUAACCAUUAUGUUUGUCCUUUUUGUAAGCUGGUUUUACCAUAUGAAAGUAUUUUAUGUCUGUAGAGUUACUCUUAAAACAUUUCUGUAAAAAUCAUCAAAAUUGAACAAUGGUGUAAUUUUUAACUACUAUUGUGAUCAGGUCAAACUUUGUAUUCAAAGUCAAUGUAUUUAAAAUAAAUACAUUUAGAAAAAAAAG